GACUCAACAGCGUUUCGUGUACAGCAGCGUCGUUGGAUACAGCGGUGCACUGCGAGUAUUUCCGCAACGUUAAUUUCUUUAAUUUUACAGGUUGAAGAGUGCAAACAUGACAGCAGGUUCAGUGGCAGCACCUCAAAUAAUUCCCAUUCGCAUGCCACCUCCGGGUAAAGCCAAGCAUGAGAUUGACUCCUGCACUCCUGUAGAGAUCAAAUCAGAAUCCUCUGAUGUGAGUGUGCUGCUGUACACAUUGGAUGGCAGUAAGCCCGAGGAGAUGAAGAGACUGGGCUCUGGUGGCAACAGCACUAUGAAGUUCACUGAACCUAUUCGCUUACCUGUGGGGAAAGUGUCUGUGAGAGCCAUGGCUGUCACCGCCGAUGGCCGACAGAGUGCUGUCGUCACCAAGGUUUUCAUAGUGGAUCCCGCUUCAGAUGAGGAUCAUGGGGAGGACUCGAUGAAGAAUAGUGGACCAAUCAAUGGCAAGAAUGAUUCAUCAAAGAGUUUGAAGGGGAGCGAAAAUGGAGCUGGCAUUUCCUCUAUUCAAUUUUUAGAUAGUGAAUCUCGAAGAGCUCUGAAAGGUCCUCGAUUCCUCUCACAGCGUCUCGGCCCCGGUUCAUCUGCACGGCCGACAGAUGAAAACCAAGUAAAGAACCAGAGUACAGAUGUUGUGGAAAGUCCCUUAAGAAGCUUGACAAGCACUCAGACAUCACGGAUUCAGAGAGAGACGGAUUUCCUUAGAUGUCCAAAGUGCCUGAAUCAUCGCCCUUCAGACCCUUUUGCCCGAUUCUGUCUGCACUGUGGAUCACCAGUACCUCCAAUACCUGGUCAAAGACUCCCCCCUACUGAAGGAGGACAGAUGGGUCUGUGCGUGCACUGUAAAACCAUGGUGCCUCUCAAUACGGCCACAUGUGUGGUGUGCGAGUCUCCAUUGGCUCAACAACUGCAGCCGCAGGCUAGUCUGAGACUACAGGAUAAGUUAAUCUGUGGCUCGUGUGGGACAGGAAACCCCUCUCACAUCACACAUUGUGUCACUUGUGAAUCCCAGCUGCUUCAGCAAACCACACCCAUUUUAAGUGGACAGAGAGCUGCACCUGUACCCAGUUCACAGGGCAAAAUGGUCUCCUGCUCCAGGUGCAAUAGAGUCAACCACUCGGAUGCUCGAUUCUGCGACUGGUGCGGUGCAAAGCCGGGCCACAAAGCCAGCGCUGUGACGUGCUCUCAGUGUGGAGCUAGCAGCCACCCGUAUGCUAAUCACUGUGGUGCCUGUGGUGUCUUUCUGGACGGCCCACCCAGAACGCCCUCACAAGUAAACCAGGGACAGGACGCACAGGAAGCUGAUCAGCCCUCAGCCACCUGGGAGGCAGUUCCUGCGCCUGAAUCUACAACCGUGCCUCCAGCUGCGGGUUUGCGCACGUGUGCAGAUGCACAGACGCAGACAGUCGGUCUGUUUUUCCCAUCCAGCACUGAGCUGAAAAAACAGAGACAACAGAGGGAGGCGGAGCUUAGCAGACAGGAACAGAUGAGUGACAGGAAGCCCCUCCUCACUGCCAUUAGUCCAGGCCGAGGGUUCUGGAGGAAGCAGGUGGACCACAUCUGUGCUCAUCUGCGCAGCUACACACAGAAUAAUAAUGAGUUCAGAGCUCUGAUUGGAGAACCGCGGCUGGGCAGAGUGAUCUCUGCUGUUAUUCAGGAGGACAGCUAUGAAGUCAGUUUGCACAUCAAUUUCAUCUGUGCCUCACCCGAGGGAUCUAGGUCGUCUUCUGCAGGACAGCAGAGCCGAUCUGUGGCAUCAGAGAGUCUGAACCUCAGUGCUGUGACAGAAGGCAGGAAUUCAGCCAGUUCGGAGAGUAACAUUAAUACAACAGGAUUAUCAGCCAAAAGAAAGAAGCAGAAAAUGAUCAGGACCCCAGACGCUACAGAAAAGCAGUCGGAGUCUAAAGACAGUGUUCUCCUUAAGGAGGUGGGGCCUGAGGGGCGGGGCCGGAUCUCAGUGGUGCAGCAGCUAUUGGAUGAGGGUGCUGAUCCAGCAUGCUUGGGAAGUGAAGGGCGUCCUGCUCUGAUUGCUGCAGUGCUAAACGGGCAUCAUGAUGUCAUUCCUGUGCUGGUGCAGAGAGAAGCUGACGUUAACCAAACAUCUGGACCGUUGAAUAACACGGCCCUGCAUGAGGCUGCAGCUCUGGGAAAUGAAGGUCUGAAGAGCGUUGAGAUACUCCUGGGGUGUAACGCAAGUGUCAGAAAGCAGAAUGAUCGGGGCCAGACGCCGUAUGAUAUUGCCGUGGCCGCCGGAAGCAGUUCUGUGCUCUCUCUGAUGGCCGCUCACAUGGGACAAGGUCUGCUACAGCGCCACACCAAGGCCAGGAGCGUGUUUGGACUGGAUACGUUCUCAUGAGACAAUCCACAUCUCACUCAAACCAAAUCUAAUCAGCGCAAUACUGUACUUGGGGAGUUAUUUAGGUCCUCCUGGAUUUAAAAUCUCCACCUUUUGUCCCUGCAUUGACAGCUACUCAACUAGACUCGAUUGUAAAAUUAUCCAUAUGAAUUGAGUGGUUUAGUCUAAAUUUUCUGAAGAAACAUCAUCGCCUUGAUUAACAAAUUGAAUUUAGGCUUUUAAAAAGAUUAAAAUUAUGCUUUUAUUCACAUAAUCAGUGAACAUAAACAAAAGCUCAAUCGAACCUGCUUAGCGCGCGAAAAACAAACCUCUUUGGUUGGUCUAGCUCAAACGUGCUGCGCAACACGAGAAUGAACCUCAUUGGUUCUCGCAUGCGUGCACUUCCGUUCACCACAGCUGAUGUGUUUAUGAAUGUUUAUGUGAAUAAAAGCCUCGAUUUAUUGUUCUUUAUAUAAAAUUAAAAAAUUCGGACCAAACCAUACAAUUCAUUGUUUUACGAUCGCUUUAAGAACUUUACGAAGCGUCAAAGUAUCAGUUGCGUAGCUGUCAAUGGAUGGAUAGGAAUCUAUUAGAUUUCAUCAAAAAGAUCUUCAUUUGUGUUCCGAAGAUGGAACGAAAGUCUUACAGGUUUGUAACAUGAGGGUGAGUUAUUAAUGAAAGAAUGAAAACAUUUUGGUAAAUCCAAAAUUUGCGUAAACAACUUGAACGCAUUGCAUCUCGAAAGUAUCGGAUUUUGCCUGUGAACGCUCACAGAACAACGCUGAAUUAAAAUCUCUGAAAUUGAUUUAAAUUAAA